AUGGGCGGUGGUUCACCAGGAUCACUGUCGCCUGCUGAGGAACUCGUCUUGCAAAUGUCAAGCCUUACUGCUGACGAAAAUGGCGAGUCUUUACAGCAGACAGCUAGUGAAGAACCCGUGCAAGUUCGUCUUCUAUAUUCGAAAAGCAAAGUUUACGUUCACCCUAAAAGUGACAGCGAAGAUAACAUUCCAGGAUUUCUUUGUAUUGUGGAGAGGUCGCCAAAUAGCUUUCUCCUCGCUUGGACACCAGAAUCGUUGCUAUCAGCGGAUGAAUUGGAAUCCUAUGUGCAGGUCGAGGACGGAUCGGACAGAGAACUAGAUGACGAUGAGAGUUCAUGGAUAGAGGCAGGAGGAGAAGAAGAUCACGGGCUUGGAUCCACAAUACUCAUUGCGCCUCCACCGACGGCAACAACAGCUUCCGUACCAACAGCAGAGACACAAUAUGCUAUAUCGAUACCGAUCAAUUCGAUUUAUUCUAUUAUUGUUAAACCGCCAAAAUUUCAGCAAUGGUAUGGAUCAGUGGUGAUAAAUCUUGUAGGUGGGAUAACUUUACCUGCACUAUAUUUCCACGAUGACGAAAGUCGGAGCACUAGGCUUCAGAGACAGAACAAUCGUCAGAAAAAUGGUGAAUUCGCAGAGGAGGAUGAAGAAGACAGUACGGUGGCUCAUUGGGGUGGCGAUGAACUAAUCAAGUGGCUCGGGAAAGUAGCCGUUAUUGUGAGCUCUGUGGUUGAACCCAAUUUACUCCUUGUUAAUCCAACGACUGAGGAUCUUGUAAAUCACAGUCCUCCGGCAACCGAAGCGAAGCCUUCGGCAAGAGUGAUGCAAGGGACAUCUAGACAAAGACCAUUGUCUGUGCAAAUGGAUCCUUUGGUAUCUGCUGUCAAGGAGAUUCGAUGGAAUGUCAUGGAAAGAUUUUCAAAAGUUGCUAGAUUCUCACGCGAUGCAGCAGCUACUAUUCUCGAACAUCCAUUGGCACGUCCCAUUCUACCUCAUUUACCACCAGCAUUGAAUAACAUUGCUCAAUCAGAAAAUGCUCGGGUAGUUAUAGAUGAAUAUGAUGCAGGAAGGGUUUAUUUAGCCAAAUGGGCAGCAAGAGUGGCUGAGGAAGCGGAGUCUCAAAAUGAUAAAACAUGGAUACCUUUAUACAAACCUAUCGAGGAGGGCGGCAGCGUACAUUUUGAGGAGGACACCGAGUUAGGAUCUUUUGAGAUAUUGAGCAGUAAAACAAGUUUACCGCCCAUACGGGAUACCCGCACGACUCCACUGAGCGCUGAAAAUUGGUUCUCGUUCUUUGAUACUGAAGGAAGGCUUAAGGUUGAAGCAGUAGAUGUCAGACAAGCUAUAUUUCGAGGGGGAAUUGAAGAGGACAUACGCACAGAUGUGUGGAAAUUCCUAUUGAAUGUGUACCCUUGGGAUUCAAGUGAGGUGGAAAGGGCAAACAUCUUAGAGGCGAAGAGACAAGAAUAUUUUGCUCUCAAAAGUGAAUGGUGGUCUUCUACGGAAGUACAAGCUGGCGCAGUAUUCCAGGAUCACAAAGUCCGUAUAGGUGUGUUAGCGAAUUGGCAGUGGGCAGUUCGAUGUGUGGAUAAUGCAACAACAUUAACAGUCGACUUUACUUUAGAGAAGGAUGUUAUUAGAACGGAUAGAAGCGUGUCGUUUUUCAAAAGUGAGGAUAUGCCUCAUCCAGAUCCAUUAGCUGGCUCGUCGUCGAACUUAACAAAUAAGAACCUGGAGCUAAUGAAGGAUAUAUUGAUGACGUAUAAUUUUUAUAACAAAGAUUUGGGAUAUGUACAGGGUAUGAGCGACUUGCUUGCUCCAUUGUUUGCGGUAAUGAAUGACGAAGUAACGGCAUUUUGGGCAUUUGUCGGUUUUAUGGAUCGUAUGAAAUACAACUUUUAUGAGGAUCAAACUGGAAUGCGGAGACAGCUGUUGACAUUAAAUCACCUAAUACAAUUCAUGGAUCCCGCAUUCUAUAAGCAUUUACAGAAAACGGAAUCCCUCAACCUAUUCUGUUGCUUCCGCUGGAUGCUUAUCUGGUUCAAACGAGAAUUCAGUUGGGAUGACGUCGCUCGGCUAUGGGAAGUACUCUGGUCUGAUUAUUUGACUGGACAAUUUCAUUUAUUUGUGGCUCUUGCCAUCCUUGAAAAACAUAGCCGAGUGAUAAUCGAGUAUUUACCUAACUUUGAUGAAAUCUUGAAAUAUAUAAAUGAUCUUUCUAUGGACAUUAACCUGGAAGAUACUUUGAAGCAAGCUGAGAUGUUGUUUUAUCAGUUCCAAAGAAUGAUAGCAGCUAUUGAUGCCAAGCGGAUGGAACAGGGAGAAUCAGAGCAGGAAGAAACGUAUCAAGGACUUAGAAAGAGACUCAAUAAACAACCUGAAAAUGGUGAAGGAAGUUCAACACAGGAUGAUACUACCAACAAAUUGCCAGUCAUACCGGACGAUCUUAGAGACUUACUGAAUAAAGAAUGGCCAAGGAUAGUUGCUGAACAGACAAGCAACCCGGUUGAUCUGACACCUAGUUCGAGAUUGGCCGAGUUGCUUUACAUAGCCAAAGAACAAGAUGAAGGAGAUGAGGUGCGUCCAUGCGAAGUCAUUGACGAUGAUGUUCUAGACGAUGACGAAGCAGAUGUGCAGAAGGCUGCUGAGGGAGAAGACGGUACCAUAACGCAUCAUUCAAAAUACAUCAGUAAUAUUGACCCCGACAAUACUCUCGAACCCAAAGAAGCGCCAAAUUAUUCAACGUGGUAUAUGACCACUCAUCGAGCUGCUUCCACGUGUGCCAUUUUCAGUGGAGACGGAAAAUAUGCGGCAACGGGUUCAGCCGAUGCAUCAUUAAAAGUUCUUGAUACAAGUAAGAUGAAUAGUCGGUCAGACGAAGAUCGUCCCGUCAUUAGAACUUUAUAUGAUCAUCUUGCUCCAGUUAACGAUCUUUCUUUCCACCCGAAUGGGUUGGUACUCGCAUCAUGUUCCGACGACCAAAGCAUAAAAUUAUUUGACCUAUCCAAGCCGGGUGUUAAACGAUCGUUCCGGUAUCUUCAGGAUACUCAUAUAGUACGAUCAAUAGCAUUUCAUCCGUCGGGAGAUUUUAUAUUAGCUGGCACUGAUGAUGAGUCAAUUAGAGUAUACGAUGUAAAGUCGUUCAACUGCUAUACUGCUUCUACGAAUCAGAAUGACUUGCACCAUGGUGGAAUAACACGAGUUCGCUUCUCUUACAAUGGGUCUCAAUUCAUAACCAGUUCUUUAGAUGGCAGUAUUAAGAUCUGGGAUGUGGUUACUGGCCGAUGUAUCCGGACGAUAGAACAGGCUCAUGGAGGAUCGGCUGUAUCGAGUGUGAGAUUUUCAAAAAAUGGAAAAUACGUUCUGAGCGGGGGCCGAGAUUCGCUAUGCAAGUUGUGGGAAGCUACCAGCGGACGGUGUUUAAUUACAUACGAUGGGGCCGCGCAAAAGAACAACACCUUACAAACAACGUUCACCUAUAACGAGGAUUUUGUCUUGUCUUGUGAUGAAUCCAACAACACAAUCGUCACGCUGGACUUGUCCGAUGCGUCGCGGCCUCUCCCACAGAGCCCGGAUUUAUCAGUUGCAGUGAUGAUUUCAGAGUCAGAUAUUGGAAUUUAG